AUGAUCAAAGGGAACAAUGCAGAGGGGGAGCCCGAGUUACUCCAGGGGAUAAGUGGCGAGGGGGGCGAAAACAAGGCGAGCCACUCCCCCAAUGAGCUGCGCCUCCCGCAUGAAGUGACUCGACCCAAGAGCCACAGCGCACGUGCAGCACAGCCCAGCAGGAAUAGUGCUGCCAGCGACAAGCUAAAGACGAGUCUAAGUGAAGAUAAGAGCGACAAAAAAUAUACCAAAAUCCUGUAUGAUGAUGGGAAUCCAGAAAUCACCUUUUUUGUAAACAAAGAAAAUUUGAAAAUAGCUAAAUAUGCCUGGAGAGUGGAAAACCCAAAGGCAUAUGUAUUCGCCUUGCAUGGAAUAACGUCCCACUUGAGAAAUGAAUACCUGAAUUAUAUGGGUAGACCAUCAUGGGUUGAUGAGAAACAACAGAAAGGGGAAAUGGCUAGCUGUGUCAUUGGAGGUGAGUAUGACUUUAUGCAAGGCAACAAUUACAACUGUUGGGAUUCAUCUGUGUCUGUUAAUAAAUCUGAGUGUAAGGAUGAUAGAGGGAAGGUUGCGCAUGGGGAAGGAGGCAACAAUUUUGUAAACCUACCUGAGGAGGGCGCGAGCCCUGCUGGGGAAGAGGCGGAAGCGGGGGUCAGGGGCAGGUGCGGGGCUGACGAAAAGGUCAACACGGGCGAGGAGGAAAAUGGGGGUGCCCAUGGGGGUACAAACGCGGAUGACGGAAGCGCAGUGGGGUGCUCAUUUAACAAAAUUCUGCAAACCAAUUGGACCAAGGACAUGAAAAUUAUAAACGAGACAAACAACAUGAUGUAUGAUUAUUGUCAACCGGGGGAGGGUAACUCUUCAGGGGUUUCUUCUUCUUGUGACUCCUCCGAUUAUGGAGAGAAAAAAAAUCUAGAAAAAAAACUAACCAUGUUUUUAUCAUGUUCCUCCUGCAUUACCAACAUAAACGAGGGCUCAAACCACUUAAACAGCAAAUUAAACUUUGGCACCGGAGAGAGCGGUAGCCACCCCCUUUAUGAUAACGAUGGAGGAGGAGAGUGUGCCCGGGAGAGUACUGGUCGUGAUGGAGACUGCGCCAAGCGAAUGAAGCUUAACAGUGACAGUAGUGAAGGCAGCAGUGAAGAGACCAGCAGUGAGGACAGCAGCGAAGAGACCAGUAGCGAUGAAGAUAUAAUAGAUGACGAAAAUGUUUUGCUGCCAAACAAAUCAGACACUCAUGUAAAUUAUGAUUCCAAUGUCUACUACUGUUCCAUGUGUGGUAUAUGCAAUUACUGUAACUGUGGGGUCAGAACCCUGUCGUAUAAAAAUAGCUGGAUUGAGAAGUUCAAUCAGAAUGGAUUUUCUUUCUUCGGAAUUGAUAACCAAUCGCAUGGACUCUCUGAAGGGUUUAAAAAUUAUCGUUGCUAUGUUGAAGAUUUUGAGAGCUUCAUAGCAGAUACACUUCAAGCGCUAGAAAUUUUUAUCGAGGAAUGGAAAGAAAAGGAUGAGUUAAAGCCAAUUAUCAUUAUGGGUUUAUCCAUGGGUGGUUGUAUUGCGUUGAAAACGAUGGAGGCUAUAUUUCGACUGAACAAGGAAUGGAAAGCUUACGUGAAAUCUUUGGUUCUUGUUUCACCUAUGAUUAGUUUAGGGAAACAGAAGAAUAAAAUCAGCAACAGGUUGCUCAUCUCUGCUACCAAAUUUUUAAAAUAUUUUUUUCCUCUCCUACCGGUUAAUGUAAAAGAGAGCAAUGCUAGAUACCCCUGGAUUAAACAUGACUCAGAAAUUGAUCCUCAUCAGUAUUGUGGACCUCUCCGGAUAAGGAUAGCAGCUGAGUGUGUAAGUGCUGCAGAUAGCUGUUUAACUUAUAAAAACUUAAAACACAUCGAAGAGAGUGAUAUCGACAUUAUGGUGAUUCAGUCGAAGAAUGACUGUCUGGUAGAUCCCAUUGGAGCCAUUGAUUUUUUGAGGAAAAUGAUGCGCUUGCAUAGUAGGAGAGAGAGACGAAAAAAUGCAUCUAUGUUAGAUGCAGAAAGGAUUCGUAUGGCCAGUUCGGCUUUUUCCCAGGAAAUUAGUGAAAAGAAGAGUGAUUCUUUAGGGCCUACCGAUUCUACAUUCAUCGGCAGUGCGUGCAACCCGGGGGAGGAAGACCCAAGCGGCGAACCCUCCUCUAGGGCACUCCACCGUGAGAGCAGCGCACACAUCAGAGCAGCUACACAAGUCAUGGGUUACGUUACAACCCAUGGGAAGAAAACCACCCCCCCGAAAGAUGAAACGGUGGCGAGCAAAUACAGCAGCACUAGCUUUACUACAAAUAGUAAUCACCUCCCAUCAGAGAGACAAGCAUUACUCCACAGUGAAAGGAAAGAAGACCCCCACCCCAUGCUUGUUAAGUCUUCCUUGUCCAUUGAAUCCACCAGCCGAAUACUCAGAAAUGACAGCUACUUCUCCAUUGGCAGUUCCGAAGAUGACGUGAAGGGAGAAAAGGGCAUAUGGACCCCCUUUGACCACGGCUACUAUAAGUCAUUCAAUUUGAAGAAGCUAAAGAACGUUGGCGGGGUGGUAGGAGAAGACCCCCCGGGGCAGGAGGAGUAUAAGAACCUCAUUGUCUACAUUUUAAAAUACGGUUGCCACACGCUUCCUGGGGAGCCCCACAGCCGCGAGACCGUCACGCUGCUGGUCGACUGGCUCAACCGCAUAUGCAGCUGA